AUGUCGGAGCUAAUGGGAAUGUCGACGUCUCUUGAGCAUGUGGAUGCCUGUGUCCCAAUUACAGCCCUGAAAACUUUUGAAUGGGGUGACAAACUUUUUGUUUUUCAAGGACAAGGUCCAUUUUUCCGGGUGAUUGAUGACCAGACUGGAGAUGUUGUUGCUCAAAUCCAAGGCUUCAAGAGAAACAAUGUUCAUGGUUUCGUUCCCCUGCCACAGGCUGAAGAUAAUCGUGUUCAGGUGAUUAUCUGGGGUAGCUCAUCAGUUCGAGCUGUUGAACUUGUUUACAGCAAAGAUCCCACUGGAGAAUAUCCCAAUGAAGCCAUUGCACUAUCCGCAGCCACCGCUGAGUUUCUUGCUCCUGACUGGAUCUUGAAUGGAUGUGCAGCAGUCCCAGGUGGAUCUAAUUCGGUAUAUCUUAUGACUGCAAACAAUGCUCUUCUAGGCUUGAAGCUCUCAUCAAAUACUUCUUCUGGUCAUUAUGAUGCAUCGAUUUGCUUGCGUCAAUUGACAACAAGCGUCAAAUCCAUUCUAUAUACUGGAGAUUUGGUGGCGCUAUCAUCCUCCCAUAUCCUGAUCGUCUCCGGUACCGCCUUUGGAGAGAUAAUUGUCUGGUCUUGCUUUAUCAAUGACAAUGAUUCAUCUAAACCAGAAGCAAUUGGAUCCAUUCAUCACUUCUUCACAGGACAUGAAGGAUCGAUAUACGGCGUGCGUAUAUCGCCCAAGAUCCAAUCUUUGAACAAUGGCCAACCCGGUCGUCUCUUAGCAAGCUGCAGUGAUGAUCGGACGAUGCGCAUUUGGGAUAUAUCGGACUGCGAAAACAAAUCAGUCGAGGAUCACUCCGCGUACUCCACCGAUGGAUUCGAGCUUCGAAGUACCGGAUUUGGAAGCACCGCCACAGAGCAUUCUGAGCUUGGAUCGGAAUCGUGCGUUGCACAGGCGUAUGGCCAUACGGCUCGCAUCUGGGCCGUGAAAUUCCGAUCAAUGAGGGAGGACUACCCGAACAAAUUGGGACUGGUAACUCGCGGCGAGGACUCUACUUCUGUGCAAUGGGAUCUGACCUGGGAGACUUCAUCACCUGCUAGUACAAAAUAUCAACUUCAGCAGACAUCCUCGAUGCACUCUCAUGCUGGCAAACACAUCUGGUCCAUGGAUCUUUGCAGCCGAGGGGAAGAAACUGUGGUGUUUACUGGAGGAGCUGAUGGCGCAUUGAAAAGCUAUCGCAUUCAGGAAAUUAACUAUCCAAAGAAACCUGAUCCUCCAGUGAAUUUGAAACUAGCAAGACUUCAUGGCCCUAAAUGUUUUGCUUUGGUGGCACCUGACUGUUUCCUUGCUUGCUCGGUGCGCAGCGAACUCCAGCUCGGGCAUUUGGGACCCGAAGAGUACGCUGAAAUCAGCUGGGAGCAGCUUUCUGUCCUGGAAGAUCUCUCCAAGUUUGCAACAAUGGCAGGAUCACCUGAACUUGGACUGGCUUUGAUUGGCAAUUCCAAAGGUCUUGUUCGACUGUACAACCAUAGCACGAAAUCAUUCCACGAGUUGAUUGAUCUCGGCGAGCGGGCUCUGGUCUUUUUUUUCCUUGAGCCUUUUGUGCAACCUGGAUCAUUUUCAUUUAUUGCGACCUAUCUCAAAGACGACAAGGCGACAAUGGUGACUGUGAGUGAGUGGGAAGGUGCUAGCCCACGAAUUGAAGCCACCACGUUUUCCCUACCAAAGAAACCAUUUGAAAUAUCUUCUGCGGGGCUAACCCGCGAUGGUCAAUAUCUGGUAAUUGGAUCUAAAAUUGGCGGAUUGGCGAUAUACCGAGUGUCGGGCCUUACCAUGUCUUCGGAACCUCUUAUGCUAGAUCGGCGUGCACAUGGCAAGGAAGGUACUCACCAUAUCCAGGCAUUGCCAACCACAAGUGGACAGCAAAGCCAAUCCUCUCAAUUCAUUCUAACAUGUGGACGUGAUGGCAAUUAUUGUGUCCACGAGAUCAAGGCCAACGGAAACGGCCACGAAGAAUUAUCCUUUGAAACUCUGCACCGAACUUCCUCAGCACUGGGCACUCACUUGCAGGGAGUGUAUUUUGAUGAAGACAAUGGGGAUCUUAUGAUAUAUGGAUUCAGGGGACAAACAUUUGUCCUCCGAAACGAAUCUAAACAGGCUGAUAUUGAUCAUAUUCCUUCAGGUGGGUUUCGUCGUACUUGGACCUUUCACCCCGGCACCAAGGGCAGCGGCGAAGCUCUUUUCAUGUUCCAAGAAGGCGCUCAGAUACUGCCCGUCCGCAUCCAAAUGAAUCGCAAACGAUCUGUUCGAGCUGGCGUUCAUGGGCGAGAAAUCAAAUCACUGGAUUGCCGAAAUGCCGUCGAGGGAAGACCAGCGCUCUUCGCUACAGGGGCAGAGGACACUACCUUGCGUAUAAUGUCACCAUCUAAUGAUGCGGAUAAAGCGCCCUGGGGAUCUUUCCAAACUCAUUUGAUUCUUAAGGAACAUAAAAGUGGAGUCCAGCAAGUCACCUGGUCCAAGAAUGGGCAGUAUCUCUUCACUAGCGCUGGGUAUGAGGACUUGUUCGUCUGGAAGGUUGGAUCGCUCCCUUCUUUCGGCACCACGGCUAUCCUAAUUGCUACCUGCCCAACAUCCGAGGUAGACUCGGAGCUCCGCGUCACUAGUUUUGACACUGUGGAAGUGGGAGAAUCCGGCUCUGAGGGAUACCUGAUUUGCUUGACGCUUUCCAACUCAAAAAUGAGGAUAUUCCACUUUUCCCCGAGUCAAGGUGGCCGCUUCACCCUAUUGGCCCAAGGGAAAUACAUGACGAACUGUCUGACCCAAGCCAAAUUUGUGACAAAAGACUCUUCAGUCAGUCUGGUCACUGCAGCGACCGAUGGCUAUUUCACUCUCUGGGACUUGACCAGCACUCUCGAACCUUUCUAUACAAUCAGCUCGUCAGAACUGAAACUCAAGAACCCCCUUGAUGGCUCUCAGAUCUCACCCGAGAGCAUUACUUGCGAGAACCGUUACCAGAUCACCUCCAAUAGCAUCAAGGCAAUGGAGCUGGUGCAAAUAUUCGACAACGUCAACGCCUUGUUGACUGGAAGCGACGACAACUCGCUGACAGUGUCUUUAUUGAAGACAUCGCCUACAAACCCUUGCCAAAAUGCGCAAGUAGUGACGGUUUCAAUCCCGGACGCCCACGCGGCUUCGGUAACAACUCUUCAAAUCAUCGAACGCAAGAAGAGCCAGACUUCCAACUCUGGACCCGAAACAACAACCCUGACGGUCGCAACCUCCGGCAACGACCACAGGGUCAAAAUCUGGUCAAUCGCUAUCGAUCCCGCUCAAGAUGGUACGACGGGGAUCAAGAUUGAUCUUUUGUUAGAUCGAUACAGCUCUGUUGCCGAUAUUUCCUCUAUUGGGCUUCUUCGGGAUCCCGCGUCGGCGGAGACUCGGUUGUUAAUCGGAGGAGUGGGAUUGGAACUGUUGCAGCUCAAAUCGCGAUGA